CUGAUGAAAGUAAUAUUUAUUUAUAUUAAAAAUAGUAUAUGAAAGCGGCGAAUUCUUAAGUGCAGUGAACAAAAUAUACAAUAAUUUGUUUUAUAACAAGAGAAUACCAAUGUACGAUAACCAAGUGUAGUACUGCGAGUCGGUUUUUUGUUUUGUUAUUAUUCCGCGGUUCUUGUUUUGCAUUCAUAUCUGAGUAUCUCCUCCUUUGUAUCUUGUAUCUAGACAAUUCACAUCAUCCGUGUUUGACGUUUUCUUGUAAAUGUCAAUAAAGUGAAAUUGUAAAAAAUAAACGAUAAGUGCAAAAGACUUUAAAAUAGAAAUUAACAAAUAACACCAGGAUCACGGUUUGCCUCCUGAUUGGCGCAAAUGUGCUAAAAGUUGAUGAAAACAAUUUUUCCUUGGACGAAAGAAAAUAAGAGCCGACAUUGUCAUCUGAGAAAAAAUCGAUAUAAAUUAAAUAUUUUCCCAACCACUACUAUUGUGGUUAGGAAUUUCAGUAAUGGAUGACGAGUUUAAACUGUGCUGGAAGAAUUUCCAGGAUAAUAUAGCCAGUGGAUUUCAGAAUUUAUAUGAUCGUGGAGAUUUGGUUGAUGUUACAUUAGCUUGUGAUGGAAAAUUGUUGCAUGCGCAUAAAAUUGUACUUGCAAUUUGCAGUCCAUAUUUUCAAGAAAUUUUCAUAACCAAUCCCUGCAAGCACCCAAUAAUUAUACUAAAAGAUGUCACCUUCAAUAUUAUGUGCGAAUUACUGGAAUUCAUGUACCAGGGUGUGGUGAAUGUCAAGCACACGGAAUUACAGUCUUUCAUGAAAAUUGGUCAAUUGCUACAAAUCAAAGGUCUUGCCACAAAUGCCUCAUCAGCAGCAGGUAAUACAACGACGGAUAAAUCUGCCAGUCAAACACACAAUGCUGAUGAAGCGAGCAACGCAUGCGUAGAUGCUGAUAAUAAUGGUAGUGGGACCGCAGCAAAAACAGGUUUAAACCGUGCGGCCAGUGGAAAUGAUGAUGCGAAUGGCACUGAUGGGCUAUCAAGUGUGAAAGUGUCCAAUCCUAUUUCGGUGAAAUCUCAUUCACCCGCAUCGUCACCAUCACCUAUGAGUUUUGCCGAAUCAACUGCUAAUGCUAAUCAGCAAAACUUCAAAAGCUCACCGGAGAGUAAUUUACCGUUGCAUCCGAAUUAUCAUGCGGCUUCAAGUCUCAAGCGGCAUGCAGAUUUAAAUAAUGACGCCCUUUCGAUUUACUCGCGUAAACAAUUCCGUCGCUCGAUAGCUUCAGCCGAUCACAAUACCGAUCAUAGUGACAGUGCCGAUGCGGAUGCUGAAUCUGAUUAUUUCCUACCGUCUCUUCCACAUUUAGCUUCUAACUCAUCGGCUGCGGCGGCAGCUGCGGCUUUUAGAGGCAGCUUUAAUCCUGCUGCCUUCGGGUUUGAUUACAAUUUAUACAAAAAUAGCAGUGCUGGCGGUGCAAGCGGCGUUGGCGGUGCUUGUGGUGGCAACACGCCUGGUGGUGGUAGUAGUGGCCCAGAGUAUCCAAAUGAUUUGCAUAUUCCCAGUGACUAUUCAAAGAACUUCGCAAACCAUGUUGAUAUUCCACCAAACAGCAGCAAUGUGGUGAUGCUCUCAUCGACGUCACUGUUGCACGGUAGCUGCGUCUUUAAUCGCAACAACACCGUAGCCACACAGCAAGGUAUGAAAACGUAUUGGCUCUGCAAGUCCUAUCGCAUAAGCAUGUGCCGAGCGCGCUGCAUAACCCAUCAAGGGCGCGUUAUAUCCGCAACUGGUGUUCAUAAUCAUCCGCCACAUAUGCGUGGAAGUGGUCCUGGUGGUGGCAUGAGCAACAAUGGAGGAGGCAACAGUAAUGCAAGCGGUAGUGGGAAUGGAGUAGGCUUUCCCAUCGAUGUUAAUGCACAGCAAUCAUCUUCUGUGGCAACCUCUAACACGUCAGCAAUAAAUUUGAACUCUAUUAAUAUCCCCGGUGUAUUGUUGCCAGGCGGUGGUAAUUCAGCAGCAAAUGUGAGUACCACCACUGGUGUACGACUACAUCAUACAACGGCAAGCGGUGCCAUUGGUACGACGAUGUAUCAACAACAUAAUUCUAUGCAUAAUUCCCCGGCGCAACAAUUGCAGCUGCACCAUCAGCAACAACAGCUGCAACAUCAGCAACAUCAAUUGCAUGCAGUGGGUGGUUCAUCGUCACCACCACCCGUGUCGGCGGGCUUGAUGGGCAACGCACAUCUACACGGACACUCUACUCCAUCGGCAACUAGUCUACUAAUGUCACAUCACUCGGCGCCUGACAAUGGCAGCAUGGCCGGCAACGUACAUCAUCAUCACCAUCACCAGCAUCAUACAAUUGGUGGCUCAGGAAACGGUGGCAUUGGCGGUGCCGGUGGAUCGCAAAAUUUGCACUCGAACAGCGUUAUACAGAAUAUAUUGCAUAGCGCGAAUGCAUCGAAUGCCAUGCACCAUCAUCACCAUACGCAAUUGCCACACAUGUCGCAUUUGUCGCAUCAUCAACAUCACCAACAACACGAACCCCAUUUGGAAAUAACACCACUGAUGCAAUCACCACCGCUGCCGCCGCCCCCACCGCUGCAUCUGCAAAGUCCAUCUAAUCAGAGUAAUCAGUCACAGCAUGGUAGCGGUGGUGCUAAUUCGCUUAGCUCGCCAAUAACAACAACACCAGCCUCCGUUCCCAGUGGUAGUGCGCUCAAAUCACCAGCGCGAACGAAUCUCAGCGACGAGGCGAUUUGUGCGUCUGAGGCGCAAUCCCAUUCAGCUCAUUCUACGCGUCUCAGUGAACAACAUCAACAUAUGCUGAGCCAUGGGACCACCUUAUCACCAUCUGAAAUAAAUUCAAACACCGCCGUAUCAUCCCAUUCAACAGAUGGAGCGAAUGAGUCACAACAUCAAGCGCAUGUCAUCGACUCCAUAACGAUAUCACCAGGGGAAGGACAUAGUUUCAAAAUGGAAGAUAUGUAACUGUUAAAAAAUUGUGUUAACAGAAAACGCUUUUAUGACUCAGCGUAUUGCGUUCGAAACGCACAGUCCAACUCCUUCCCUUUAUUAUAAUUAUUACAUACAUACAAGCCAAUGGAUAAAUUAAAAAUUUGUUAGUUUAAGUAAAAAAAUGUUUGCAAAUGUUGUAAAUAGUAUGAGAGAGAACGGUGAGUAAAAGAUGUAACAUGAAAAAUCACGUUGCCACGACACCCGGGUCUAUGUAACCGGAACCGGAAUUUUUAUCUGGCCAGGAUUGUCAACUCGCAACAUUUCUCCAUUUCUUCUGCACUACGCUAACAACAAUAACAAUGUAACGGUAAAACAAACGAUGUGUAGUUGGUAAGUGAAAAAUAUGCAGUCACGUCGGAAAGGAGUUCGUUGUGAAUUGCGGCUAUUUAGUGUGUAAUAAUAUUGAGACUUAAUAAUCAUACAUAAUUAAAUUAUAGAACUGUUAUAUAUAUUAUACUUAAAAGUCUGAAGGUUUCUAAAUUCAUAUAUCAUGAUAUAUAUAUGUAUGUAUGUAGGUUGAAUUGAGUUAGCAGCAAUACCUACCCUAUUUAAACAGAUGAGAAAUUAUUCAUUACAUCUAUUGAAAUCGGUUUUGUGCUUACAAUAACAAUAAUAUUUUAUUAGCUAUAGUUAUUUAAUUCAUAAAUCUCAAUUUAAAUAAGUAGAAAGUUUACAAAAUUUUAAGUUAAUGAAUUCGAAGGUUAUGUUAUUGUCGUCUAUAACAUCUGUAUGUACAUAUAUGUAUGUAUAUGGAUUAGAGCAGAAUUGCGUGUGCAUAAAUAUUUUACGGAUCGUUCUGAACAACUUUGCCUAAAUCCGGUUUCGAGACAGCGAUUUUUAAGAGAAGUAUAUGUGAUUUUAUAGAAAAUGCUUCUGAGGACCACAAAGGAAUUCGAAAAUGUUACCAUUAACGAAUUUUGGACUACAUCUCGUUUAAAGUUUUAUUCAAUUGAAAUUAAUGUUUUCCUAUACUUUUUUUUAAUUAAAAUAUAAAGUUUA